AUGAAUUUCGGGGGUCUACUCAACGGCGGCGCAGCUUCAGGCGGCCCGCCGCAGCCGUCGCAGCAGUCGCAGCUCAUGAUGGCCAAAGUUGAGAUGGCCUCGUACGCCGACCUCUUCGAGCGCUUAUCGCGCGUGUGCUUCCAGAAGUGCAAGUUCAAGUACAACGACGGCCAGCUCAACGUGGGCGAGAUGAGCUGCAUUGACCGCUGUGCUGGCAAGUACAUGGAAGCCUACAGCUCGCUGGGCGUCAAGAUGGCACAAGUGGAGAAGGAAAUCAUGGACCAGGCGGGUGCUAACGUGCUGCAAUAG